GAAAGCUCGGGUGCGUGCAAAGCUCAGUCGCUCGGGCGCCGCCGAGGUGAUUGUCGCGUUGCGUCGAUAACACAACAUACGGUUAACGUUUUGACACGUGCGCAACAUGUCGGCCUACUGACGAGCUCAACCGGGAGACAUGGAUCGGCUGCCAAUACCGAUUCGGAUGCUGCUGCUGCUGCAACUACCACCACUACUACAGCUUCUACUCGCUCAAGAUGGAGUGGCUGAAGAGAUGUCCUGCUGUUCGUCAGCCACCGGCUCUUGUCGCAGUGUCUGUUCUAAGAUUUCGAUGGUGUCUUUGAGUGCAGAUCUAUAUGCCCGAGAAAAUGCAACAAAGGGUUUUUCGGAAUUUUGCUCAUCAGAAAUGGUGGAAUUCUGGGAUUGCAUUAAUUCAACUUUUAAAGACAUGGAACGCAAUGAGAAGUGGACGGGCCGCAGCUGCUGCGAGCUGGCCCGGGGCCCGAGCUGUCGCCUGAGCUGCGUCAGAGCGGGAAAUCGCCAAGAGCUCCGAGGCGCCUGUCGCUGGAGCGAUGAGCCAAGGCUGGCCGAAUGCCUUGAGCUUCGAGAACGCGCGGACGAAUGCUGCGCGAGCGUUACCAAUACGACCUGCCGAGCAAUCUGUGCCGAUCUCUUUCAUCGACCCGGCAAGCAGGCAGCCGCUCUGAAGCUUUAUGGAAGUAAGGGCCACGUGCCUAAGUGCUUAAAGAGCCUCGCUGAAGCUAGGACUUCCGAGGAUCCCAAACUCUAUCUGCACUGCUGUGAGCAGGCGCCAAGCCCCGGCUGCCUGGAUACCUGCCGUCGCGCCCUUCACGCCCUGGCCUCGAUCCAUGAGGUGCUCGACGCCCUGGAGGAGACCUGCAGUCCGGUCGUGCCGCACUCCGGCCUCUGGGGCUGCCUCCUCAAGUCCGCUCCAGCCAAGCCCCAACGACUGCCCUUGAACGUUGGCAAACUCGGUUGUUGCUCGCGGGCUUCGCGUCGUACCUGCCAAAACCUCUGCUGGCGCGCGUUCCAGACCGAUUGGUCUGCCUGGCAGCAGCUCGAGUCCACCUGUCUCGCCUCUAAUACCGAGAGCGAGCUCAGACGGUGUCUCGACGAUACCGACGACGCUUGCGAAAUGGGUUGUUCCGGGCUGUCGUUCUGCUCGCGCUUCAACGACAGGCCCACCACAUUGUUCCGGAGUUGCAGCUCGGCGACGGACGAGUUGGCCAAGUGGGAGGCCGAUCACUGGGUAAGGGGCGGCAUAAUAAGCGGUCUUGGUGUGCCAGUACGAGCAGCGCCUUCCUGCCCUUCGAUGACGCUACGAGCGGCGGCCUGUCUCCUGCAACUCCGCCCCUGCGAGUCCCGAGCUCACGAGACGCGGCUCUGCCGAGAGGAUUGCAUGGAGCUGGUGACGAGUUGCGUCGAUUGGUCGGCAGUAAAGGGUCAUAAUGCAGCGACGCUCUGCUCCAAGCUCUCACCUCCCAAGCCAGACAUGCCCUGCGUCUCCAUUAAACCAUUUCUCGAAGAGCCACGAGAACAGAACGAGCCACCCCCGAGAAUCGAAGAAGAUAUUAAUAUGCCCUGUAAGAGCAACCCCUGCUCUCAGGGUCAAGUCUGCACCGUUAGACCCGAGGAACGUAAGGGUUAUCGCUGCCUGCCAGGUUGUCCGCUGGGUGAGAUGUCACGCCAGCUAAUCCCGGUUGGGACGUGGGCCCAGAUUCCGCGUUUCGAGCACCAGGGCUGUUACCGGAUUUGCCAAUGCAUCGCACCCGGAAAGCUGGACAAAUGCCGAGACCUUAACUGUCUAGCACUGAACACAUGCUGGGUGCAGAGUAGCUUCGUCGCCCAUCGUUCGAGCUUCUACCUCGAGUGCAACCCCUGUCGCUGCUUCGAGGGCGAGAUCAGUUGCUCGCGCAAGAGCUGCGCCGAAGUUCGGAUACCGGGGCUGCCUUGUGACUGUCCUGACCACUACGUGCCGGUCUGCGGCAGGCUCGGUGUUACCUACGCUUCCGCCUGUUUAGCCAAGUGUUCGGGCCUCCUGCCCAACGAAGUCGAGUACAAUAGUUGUUCGUCCAAGGAUCCGUGCGCUUCGAGACCCUGCCAGAGCGGCGAGCGCUGUGUCAGGAGGCCGAGGGUCUGCCUCUCGCCCAUUCACAAGCCUUGUGAGCAAUUCGAGUGCCUGCCCCACAAGUGCGACCACGGUGACAAUUCCCGAGGUCCGGCCUGCGACACGGAUAACCGCCAGCAUCCGUCUCUCUGCUCAUUGCUGCGCUCAGGCAGUAACCUCGCGUACCGGGGCCCGUGUCUCCGAGGUUGCAGCCUUCGAGGCCCCGUCUGUGGUAUCAACGGGGAGACAUAUGCGAGCGAGUGUGCGGCCUGGGCCGAACGUACCAUCGCUGAUUAUCCUGGACCCUGUGUAGCUGUCGGUCUCAUUGGCGAGCAGGCCGAGCCCCGCUGCGGCCCUGCCGUCAUCUGCCCGAAUCUAGCACGUUCUUCAUGUCAAGGGGUCACGCCACCCGGAGCUUGCUGCCCCGUGUGCGGUGGCGCUGCGAGACUCUUUUAUUCGAGGAAACAGUUGGACAGGAUCUAUUAUCAAUUGACGAAUGAGGCCGACAAACACAUCGUUACUCUCGAGGCUAUGUUUACGGCCCUGUCGCGCCAGCUUCAGGUCGCCGAGUGCGUGCUACGGGGCAUGGUCACGCCCGAAGGCGACAUCUUCCUCAUUAAUCAACCUGCCUCCAAGAAACCCUCGGAGCUUCAACUGGCUGCCUGCGUUGCCGAGAUAGAGAAGCUUGUGAGUCGCAUCGCCGAACGAAGCCCGAGGAUAAUUGCCGAGGUGCCGCUGAGCUCCCUCACAAGGGCGGAAUUGGCCCACACGCGGGUCUCCAGUGGCACUCUUCCUCUACUUCCUCUAUUGCCCUUACCUUGCCUCCUCAUUCUCUUACUUCACCUCUUCCUCUUACUUUCGUAGUGAUAAAAGCAUUGUUCUCGCUUUUUGAAAAUUAGAGUCACCUCUAUUGGCAGAGCGAUUGCCUUCGUUUGCUGCUGUCAACCAUGAUCCGGGGUUUGUGCAAAGUCUCCCUAACGCGAUAAACAUAAUUCUAUUGCUAUCAGAAUAAUGCAGAUUCUCAUGAUGCAACAUCUUUUAGUUUAGAAAACUAGAUUUUUGCGGUAAUUAUUAAAAGAUCUAGUUUCUAAUCUAUCAAUCUUUUUUUAAUUUUUUUUAUAGUGUUGAGCCAAGCGAUUGUUUUAGUUUUAAUUUUAAUAUAGAUUGUUGAAUAUAUCAUUACUAUUUCUAAAUCCAUGCAAAUUCAUUUGGAUA